UUGUCAUAUUGAUUAGAAUUUCGAAUUUGUACUAAAUAAAAUCAGGCAAAACCGAGAAAUUUCUAAAAAUUGUUAGUUAAAAAUCAUUAUCAUAUAAAACAGUGCUUUGUUAAAAAGCUAGUUAUAGCGGAUUGCAGAAAUAAUUUCCUCACAUUGCAAAGGAAUUUCAUCAGAUCAAAAUGUUACUACGCUUUGCGUUGUCAACCGCACCAGUGCGUUUUAGCUUAAAAGGAGCAUCCUCAGCGCAUGCUAUAAGAUGUGGUUCAUUAGGGUCUAGUCUCCAAAACUCUUUAAAAUCGUAUAAUUUAAAUAUAUCACGAAAUUAUGCCCGUGGUCCUACACGAACCACUAACACUCGUAGCGAGGUGGGAAGGGGCCCUACUCUAAAGGAAAAACUUAUGGGACCCCCUUCUGAAAACGCAUAUUCCAUUGGUAAAGGUGCAGCAGCUGGAGCAUCGGCUAUCGGUCUUGGGGCCUUGUGUUUUUAUGGCCUAGGUUUGAAUAAAGAUCCAAGUAUUUAUACCAAUUCUAUGUUAUGGCCAGAGUUUGUUCGAGAACGAGUUCAUACUACGUACGGUUACUUCGGGGCAUCUUGCGCUAUAACUGCGGGUACCGCCAUGGCAGUUUUUCGCUCACCUCGUUUGCUUUCGCUUGUAACCAGAAAUGGUUGGAUGUCGAUGCUAGGCACUUUUGCUCUUAUGAUUGGUUCCGGUGUUUUAACGCAAUCCAUCGAAUAUCAACCCGGUGUUGGGCCAAAACAAAUGGCUUGGGCUUUACACUGUGCCGUGAUGGGCGCUGUAAUUGCACCAAUGUGCUUCCUUGGUGGCCCAAUUCUUACCAGGGCAGCACUAUAUACCUCUGGUAUUGUGGGAGGGCUUUCAACAGUAGCAGUAUGUGCGCCUAGUGAUAAAUUCCUUUACAUGGGUGGUCCUUUGGCCUUAGGUCUUGGAUUGGUGUUUGCUUCAUCUUUGGCUUCUAUGUGGCUGCCUCCAACUACAGCUUUGGGCGCAGGCUUGGCAUCAAUGUCUCUUUAUGGCGGUCUGAUUCUGUUUGGAGGCUUUUUGCUUUAUGAUACGCAACGUAUUGUGCGUUACGCGGAGCAUCACCCACAAAUAUUCGCAAAACCCUAUGAUCCUAUUAACGCAUGUCUUUCGAUCUACAUGGACACGUUAAAUAUAUUCAUUCGAAUUGCAACGAUAUUGGCGGGUGGUGGUGGAAAUCGCCGCCGCUAAAUUAUAACUAAUUUAUACCUGAUGUGAUAUGCUUGAUAGUACACAAUUUAAGAUGGAUGAUUUAUUAAUUAAAAAAAAAAUGUAUUUAAUUGACCCUGUUUAAAUUAAAAAACUUUCGGCUAAAAUUGAAUUUCAAAUGCAAUAAACAUGCAAUUAGGAAGCUGCUAA